CUUCAAUUUGCCACAAAAUCUUCAGUGUUUUUCACUUAAAAGAACAAAAACCCAACAUGGUUAUGGCUAUUGUUAUUUUUAAUUACUGUCCCCCCCCAGCUCCAGGAGAGACUUCACCCAGCACCCUGAUGCCUUUUGCACCAUCUCUGUGCCCUUCCCCCUCCCGGAGGCGGGGUGCCCAGUCACACUCCCCUUUGGGAGCAGGGGAAGAGGCUCCAGUGCCCGCACUCAUGACUUGGUCAGGGGCAGACCCCAGGGGCAGGGGCUCAGGGGUUCCUAGGAGGAAAGCAGCGCCUCCUCAGAGGAAGACAGGCCAUCCAGGAGCUGAUGAGGAGGAAAUCCUUUCCAGCAGCCCACCCCACAGCCGUACCAGGGGUGUGAUCGCUAACAAUUACUGCUGUAAAGGAGUCCCACAGAACAGGGCCAGGCAGGGGUGUGGCUGGCCAGGCUCCUCCCUUCACCUCUGGCCCCGGACACUCCCCCCUGGGAAAUGUUUCAGCUGCCAGGAAUGCUGGGGGUGCAGGGGCGCCUCCCUAGCCUGAUUCUCACUCUCCUUGCAGAUGGAGCUGGUGAGAACCUGGCCCAGGGUUGCGUCGUGCCUGGAGUCACCAGCACCUACAGACGGAUCCUGGACACCUCUCAAGGGUGCUCACUGGGCUCCCGGGAGGGGGAUGGUGAGGUGAAGGGUCUCUGGGGGCAGGUGCCACUUCUCAAACUGGCCUCCCAGGACUCAGGAGUGGAGAUGGCGGUUGGGGACAGCUCCCUGACCACCUCACCGGGCCUUUCUGAGGAAUCUCUGGACUUUGAGCCUGUGGGGGGCCGUGAGCCCCUGGCCCUGCCCGUGGAGCUUCCUGCCCACCUGGACCAUAUCCUGGCCAGCCAGAAGCUAGAACAGGUGCUGGAGCGGUCCAGCCAGCUCCCGACUUCCUCUGCCAGCUUGUCACAACACUGCCGCUCCCCAAAGCCAACAAGGAAGCCUGAGUAUGGAGUGCCCCUUUUUGGAGCAAGGGACCAGGAGGCCACCAAGGCAGAAACUGACCAAGAGGCAGGCCCAGAAGAAGCAGAGGUGGUGAGGGGCGUGGGGCCUGAAGCCUGGGCCUGCCUCCCAGGACAGGGUCUUCGCUAUCUGGAACACCUGUGCCUAGUGCUAGAGCAGAUGGUGCGGCUCCAGCAACUCCACCUGCAGCUGCAGACCCAGAGGCUCCCUGGGGGCCCAAGUGCCCUUCUCUCCUGCACACGAGACCCUGCCGAGGAGGAGCCGACCCUGGCGCCUUUGCUUCCACCCUCUCACGCCCCAGGCAGUGGGGUACACGGGUCCUGGGAGCUGCUCAGCCAGGCAAAGGAGACAGGACCUGGGUCACCCGAUUCUCUCUCUGAAAGCGCAAAAAGAGCUUCACUCCCAAAGGUGGCAGUGCCCAGUGCCCACCCUCCUGGGCUGUCAGAGGCCCCCACGGGGCCAGCUUACAACUUGCCAUGCUCCCAGAGUCACAAGCGGGAUCUCUCCCACUGGAACAAGGUCAAGGUCCUUCUCAAUCGGAUUCGCUGGAAGAGCUCUCAACAUUCUGAGCCCCCUGCUCCUCCUCAUGGCCCUGCCCCCAGGAUUGGGUCAAGGGACCUCCCUGAAAGACCUCCAUGCCGCCCCCUCCGGAAGACCUUUAUGCCAUCGUUAGUGGUGAAGAAGCAACGAGGAAAAAACCUUUCUGUCUGCUGAGACCUCCUGGUGCAGGUGUGCUCCUGUGCGGAGGGGUGUGCACUGAAGUCUUCUUUGCCCUUUGCCCUGUCACUGUUUUUGGGCACUGCCAGAGAAAGCUGCCGAUGCUUGCCCUUCUCUCUGAGGCGAGGGCUGAGUCCUUCUCCUCUGAGCAGCUUGGCAGGGGAGUCCUGGUUCCCCGAGAGACCCCAAAGUGUGGCAGCCCCUGGGCACCUCCUUGGCUGCCAGAAAUCCCUGAGCCUAGAUAAUGUGAACCGAUUCCUCAGGCAUCCUUGGAGCCUGUUUGGCAUGGUGAUGUGUCGGGGCCCAGCCUGCUGCGUAUGUGUCUAUAUGCAAAGGAUACAUACACAUAUCUCUGUGAGACUGCCACAGCUGUGAACUGACGGGAUCCAACCAGCUCUCCUGAAUCACACACUCAGAAAGCUGGUCUUCUGGGCGAAGUGACUGCAGAGGGAGGGAACUGACUGACCUUCAUGCCUCAGUGCACAGUUGCUAGUCCUGGAGCCCUGCUUUUCUCCUCAUUGCUGCGUGGGAAGCCCCAGCACAGAGAAGGGCACUGCCUUGGCUGUCUCUGCGUUGAGUCUGGUCCAUGGAGCCGUGCCUGUGAAGACUGCACCAGGAAUGGGAGGGUUCAGAAAAACAUGGAAACUAGCAGAGUAACCCACAGGGUCUAUUCCUAGCUGCGUUGUUCCUCACUAGCCUUUACACAUCACAGCUGAAACUGGAGGCCCAUACUAGCUUUUAGACCUGGGCAAAGUCCCUUAACUUUUUUGAGCCAUAGCUUCCCAUUAAUCUCCCAAAUGGUAUAAUGAUGAUUGACCUACCUACCUCACCGGCUUGUUAUGAGGAUAAAAUGAGAUUAAACUGUCUCAAAGUG